CGCCGGGCGGCCGUGCCAGGGGAGCCCGCGCCGCGUGAGCCUCGCGCCCCGGCCCCCGCCCGCCCCGGCCCCUCCCCGCUCGCUCCCCCGCCGCCCCCCGACCGCCGGAGCCCGCAGCCGGGAGCCCGACCGCCCCCGCCGCCGAGGUUCCUGCCUGAAUACCAGCUUGGGAGCUCCCCACUGCCUGCAGCCACCUCCGACCAGCCCCCCAUCACCAUGCACUCCUUGGACGAACCGCUCGACCUGAAGCUGAGCAUCACCAAGCUCCGUGCGGCGAGAGAAAAGCGGGAGAGGACGCUGAGUGUGGUCCGGCACCGGGCUCUGCACAGGGACCUCGGCCUGGUGGAUGACAGCCCCACCCCGGGCUCUCCGGGCUCCCCGCCCUCAGGCUUCCUGCUGAACCCCAAGUUCCCUGAGAAGGUAGAGGGACGCUUUUCAGCGGCCCCCCUGGUGGACCUCAGCUUGUCACCGCCGUCUGGGCUGGAUUCCCCCAAUGGCAGCAGCUCGCUGUCCCCUGAGCGCCAGGGCAACGGGGACCUGCCUGCAGUGCCCACUGCCCCGGACUUCCAGCCACUGCGCUAUCUAGAUGGCGUCCCUAGUUCCUUCCAGUUCUUCCUGCCUCUAGGCUCCGGGGGGGCCCUGCACCUGCCUGCUUCCUCCUUCCUCACCGCCCCCAAGGACAAGUGCCUCUCACCAGAGCUCCCCCUGCCCAAACAGCUGGUGUGUCGCUGGGCCAAGUGUAACCAGCUCUUCGAGCUCCUGCAAGACCUGGUGGAUCAUGUCAAUGACUACCAUGUCAAGCCUGAGAAGGACGCAGGGUACUGCUGUCACUGGGAGGGCUGUGCCCGCCAUGGCCGAGGCUUCAAUGCCAGCAGGUACAAGAUGCUCAUCCACAUCCGCACACACACCAACGAGAAGCCGCACCGCUGCCCCACCUGCAGCAAGAGCUUCUCUCGCCUGGAGAAUCUGAAGAUCCACAACCGCUCGCACACAGGUGAGAAGCCCUAUGUCUGCCCCUACGAGGGCUGCAGCAAGCGCUACUCCAACUCAAGCGACCGCUUCAAGCACACACGCACACACUACGUAGACAAGCCCUACUACUGCAAGAUGCCCGGCUGCCACAAGCGCUACACAGACCCCAGCUCGCUGCGCAAGCACAUCAAGGCCCAUGGCCACUUCGUGUCUCACGAGCAGCAAGAGCUCCUGCAACUGCGCCCACCCCCCAAACCACCGCUGCCCACCCCCGACGGCGGCCCCUAUGUCAGCGGAGCCCAGAUCAUCAUCCCCAACCCUGCUGCCCUUUUUGGAGGCCCCGGCCUGCCUGGCCUGCCCCUGCCCCUGGCCCCUGGCCCCCUUGACCUCAGUGCCCUGGCCUGCGGCAAUGGCGGGGGCGGUGGGGGAGCGGGGGGCAUGGGCCCCGGGCUGCCGGGCCCCGUCUUGCCCCUCAAUCUGGCCAAGAACCCGCUGCUGCCCUCACCCUUUGGGGCUGGUGGACUGGGCCUGCCUGUGGUCUCCCUCCUCGCUGGCUCCGCUGGCGGCAAGGCCGAGGGGGAGAAGGGGCGUGGGGCAGUGCCAGCCAGGUCUCUGGGCAUGGAGGGCCGCAAGACGCCCCUGGAGAGGACUGAGAGCAGCCGCUCCCGGCCAAGCCCUGACGGACUCCCCCUGCUGCCAGGCACCGUGCUGGACCUGUCCACGGGUGUCAACUCAGCAGCCAGCAGCCCAGAGGCACUCGCUCCUGGUUGGGUGGUCAUCCCGCCGGGCUCCGUGCUGCUCAAGCCAGCCGUGGUGAACUGAACCCGCCUGCAGGAUGGCUACCCGCAGCCCAGCUAGCAGCUCCCGGCCCUGCCCCGACGAACGGAAACUCUUCUGCGAAAUAGCAAUAAUGUCCUCCUGCCCCCGGGGCCCGCCCUGUGUCCCCCAGGCGGACCCAGCCCCAGACAAGCUGGGCAGCAAGGAUGGUGCUAGAAGGUCAUUGGUGGUGUCCCAGGCUCUGGAGGGGAGCUGGUCCUGCCAGCCAGGGAGAGCCGUGCUCCUGGGUGCUGAGGCCUCACUCACCUCUGGCCCUCCCCCUGCCCUGUCCUCCACCUAGCCCUCAGUAGCCCCCCACCCGCCCUGUGACUCCCUCAACCAGUUGCCAGCCUGGGUAGGGCGCCCUCCCUCCCUGCCUUGCCCACCUGCCAGCCAUGUCCCCAUCCUGCCUAGCCUCUCUGGGCCCCUGCUCUGGGGGCUUCUUGGACCCCUUUCCCUCUGGCCCACCCUCCAGAGGGAGAGCAAGACAGACGCAGGCAAAGCCACAGGAAGAAGCCACCUUAUCCCUAUGACAAGGCGCCUCCAAACUCAGAGAGGGAGGCCCGCUCUGCCAGCUGCCCCCCCCCCCCCCCACUAGCCCGUCCAAAAACAGCCAGCACUACCUGAGGGUUGGCCCCUCUCUGGGCCGGAUGCUCUCCCAAGUGAGGGGACUGUGACCGCUCACCUGCCCCUUCGCUGCUGGGCCUUCUCCCUCUAUUUUCAGGGAGCCCCGGGAGUGUGGGUAGUGGAGCCCUGAGCGAGGAGGGGAGAUGCCAGGACCCUGGGCCUUCGCUUGGCUCAGGGAACAGGUGGGGCAGGACCUGGCCUGGGGUGGUGCCACUCUGCACAAGGGACUACGGUGGCUUGCAGGGUGUCAUGAGGUGGGAGGCUGGCUGGGGACAACCCCAGGCUGGGACACAGCUCCCAUUCUGGGGGUGCCAAGUCACAGCCAGCACACAGGGGAGGGAGGGCUCCAGGCCAGGGCUGGGCAUGGGAGCUUUGCAGAGGCCAUGGACUGAAAGCCCUGGGCUUGGGGGGUGAAGCAAACAAGGAUGGCCGUGGGAGGGCCCAAGCCCUCUGCCUGGGAAGGGGAAGCUGGAGGAAGGAGCCUGGGUUUACGACAUGGCUGUUUGCUUUGGCUUUCCCCUGUUGAGCCGGUCCUAGAGGUGUCCCCAACCCCUGCCCACCACCUCCCCCGUGGCACAGGCCGGAAUAAGCUAAGAAUGCCAGUGUCCACGUGCCCCACCACCCACUGCCCAGUUCCACCAGGCUCUGGGGCCGCAGCAUUAUGCUUCCCCUCACCCUGAGCCCUCGCUGUUCCCUCCCUGGAGGUGGCCUGGUGCCAUUUGGGAGGUGCUGGCCCCCGCAGUCAGGACUCCUGGCGCCUUGGCCACACGACCAAGCACUCCAUUUCCCCUGCUGUAAGACAGGGAGCUGCAGGCCAGCAGUGGGGUCGUCAGCAGCCCUGCGGCCUUCACCGUUGCCUGGACUGCCCCUCUUUCCUAGAGGGGUCACCCUGCCUGGGCCUGCCCUGACAGAGCCUGGCGGUGCUGGCUCUGCCCCUUGAAGGGGCUGUGAGCAGAGCAGGAGGGAGCUGGUCUCCUUUCUUCGGGCCCCACCCAGGACCCAGGCCUUAAGUCCCCAGUUGGGGGUGAGGGCUCUGAGACUCAAGCCCAGGGAGCAGAGGAACAGGGCACUGGAAGGCGACAUUAGCUCAGCAUGUGACUCGGUGAUAGACCAAGCUCGGAAGGGCUGGUAUAUGUGUUGUUGUUGUGGGUUUGUUGUUGCACAUUCCAGGAUAUCAGUAUUUUAACAGGUUCUAAGUGCCUUUCUAUCGUAGCUUAUGUUUUUCCUCCUCUUGGCUCCAUUGCUGUUAGCAUAGAGUUUAAAAAAGAAAAAAAAGAGAUAAGCUAAUGACUAUAACAAUAUAUUCCUCCAUGUGAGAGGAAGUUUAUAAAGAAACAAUAAAAGUCAGUUGCAAAGAU